AUGUCUACUCUGCAACCCCCAACAAAUCUUUCUUUGGGAAAAAUUUCAGAAAAAAAAGAAAAGUGUAAUGAGAAGGAUUAUUUGCCAGUAGGAAUCAACAUUACUUGUCCUGGUACUGAGUUCGAAAGACCUUCGGUCACAUUCGUAAACAACAAAAGCUCAUGUUCCAAGCGCAAAAACGAUGUCUUUGGAGACACUUAUGUAGAAGACAGAAGUUGCCAAAAGUCUCACGAACUUUCUUCAUUUGGGGUCAAGAACUUUAGAAGCACAAACUUACUAGAGCAUCACAACAGAUUUAAUAUUCCUGGAAAACUAGGAUUUGAUGUGGGCAAUUCUUCCUCUGGUGGAGAGACAAAUGCUGCCGCAAGAACUCGUGUCUAUCACAGGAAAACAAAAUCUACCAAAGUAGAUUGGGUAUAUUAA